GGAGCGCUGUGAGGGAUGGGGCGGUACUUCCGGCCCCUCACUUCCGGCCCCAGCGCUGCGGCGGUCGGUGUGGCAGCGCCGUUCGGGCCCGUUCCGCACCGCGCCCGCCCCUCCGCCCGCAUGCAGCGCCGCGACGACCCCUCCGCCCGCAUGGGCCGGGGUCCGGGGGGGCCCGGAGGCGCCCGCCAAGGGGGGCCCAAUCAGCGGCGGUCGCCCCGAGGCGGGGGCGGCCGUGGGGCCGGGGCCCAGCAGCCGCAGCCGCUGCUGACCGGCGGAGCGGCUGCCGGCUCCUCGGGCGCGCAGGGCCCCGCCGCCGCCUCCCCUGCCCCGCUGCUGCCCGGGGGUGCCGGCAAGAUGGAGCCCGAGAACAAAUACCUGCCCGAGCUGAUGGCUGAGAAGGACAGCCUGGACCCGUCCUUCACGCACGCCAUGCAGCUCCUCAGCGCAGAAAUUGAAAAAAUUCAGAAGGGUGAAACAACAAAGAAGGAUGAGGAAGAGAACUACCUGGAUUUAUUUUCUCACAAGAAUAUGAAACUGAAAGAACGAGUUCUGAUCCCUGUCAAACAGUACCCCAAGUUCAACUUUGUUGGAAAGAUUUUGGGACCUCAAGGUAACACCAUCAAGAGGCUUCAGGAGGAAACUGGUGCUAAGAUCUCUGUGCUUGGGAAGGGUUCAAUGCGAGAUAAGGCAAAGGAGGAAGAGCUGCGUAAAGGGGGAGAUCCUAAAUAUGCUCAUCUAAAUAUGGAUUUGCAUGUCUUCAUUGAAGUGUUUGGACCCCCUUGUGAAGCAUACGCUCUGAUGGCUCAUGCCAUGGAAGAAGUCAAGAAGUUCCUUGUCCCAGAUAUGAUGGAUGAUAUCUGUCAGGAGCAAUUCUUGGAGCUCUCCUAUCUGAACGGUGUACCAGAGCCAACUCGUGGCCGAGGAGGCCCUGUGCGGGGAAGGGGAGCAGCUCCACCACCGCCUCCACCUGUUCCAAGGUACCUUUCCCAAAAGCAUGGACCUGGAAAUGCUGCAUCUUGCUCAGAGUGGUGCUGCGAGAUCAGGGGGCGCGGUGUUGGGCCUCCCCCUCCGCCGCCUCCUCCCCGGGGGGCCCUGGUGCGAGGAGCCCCGGUGCGGGGUGCCAUUGCCAGGGGAGCAGCUGUAGCCCGUGGAGUUCCGCCCCCCCCAGCAGUGCGGGGAGCUCCUGCCCCCAGAGCGCGCGCGGCCGGCAUCCAGCGGAUACCGCUUCCUCCUCCGCCAGCACCAGAAACCUACGAGGAAUACGGUUACGAUGAUGCAUAUGCAGACCAGAGCUACGAGGGCUAUGAAGGCUACUACAGCCAGGGCCAAGGGGACACAGAAUACUAUGAUUAUGGACACGGGGAGGCACAGGAAACCUAUGAAGCUUAUGGCCAAGAUGACUGGAACGGCACCAGGCCCUCCCUGAAGGCCCCCCCAGCCCGGCCGGUGAAGGGCGCCUACAGGGAGCACCCAUACGGACGUUACUAAAAACAAAAUGAGGGAAAAAUAGCAGUUAUGAGCAAACAGUUGUUACUGAUUCUUGUAUCUCCCAGGAUUCCUGUUGCUUUGCCCACACCAGACAAGUAAUUGUCUAACUGUUUUUCUUCGUGGCCCUUUUUCUCCCACUCCAUCCUCACCCUGCAUUCUGGCUUCUGUACGUAGUAUUUUAAAAUGAGUUAAAUAGACGUAGAGCACCAGUUUUAAUUUUUUUUUUUUUGAGUGUGUAGAUGGCUUUUCUUUCUUUGUUGUUUAGAUAAAUAAAACUGUACCUUUUUCAUAAAAGAAAAAAAGUUUAAAAUGUUAGUUUCAAAAGUGACAUGCUUGCUUAGCAGAUAUGAAACUAAGGUUUUGUUAACCUUUAAGUUCGGUUUUAAGAAACCCAUAAAAGUUGUAGUUGCAGAAUCCCAAAGUAGGCUACAUUUCAAAAUUCAGGGCUGUUUUUAAGAAUUAAAAUCAUAAUGUAACGGUAGUGGUUGCCACCGUUUAGAAGUAACCUCAGACGUCAAACUGUCCUUAAAAGCAGAUUGCUGGUGAAUCUUCAGUUUAAAAUGUAACAUGAAGGAUCCUCAAGCAAAUUAAAUAGCAUUUUUUUAAAAGGUAAUUGAUCUAAAAGAAAACAAACAAAAAAUUAGGUUUGUAAAAUUGACUUUCACGACGUGGGUUUUGAAAUCUAGCCCCAAACGUGCGGUGUUGAGAGAUGCUUGGGAAGUGCUGUCCCACUGCCAGGGCUCCCUGCUCCGGUCCUGCAUGGAGAGCUUACGAGAGGGAAACAAAUUAAAGCACGGCUCUAAUUGCCCAGCGUUUGGUAUUAGAAAACAGCAUUCAGUGACUAGGUCUGAAUUCUAUAAAAUUGCAGUCUUCUCAUUUUUCUAGCAUUGGUGGCGCAUAAUACAGUGCAAGCUUAAAACUGACCAAAUGAUCAGUAUUAGCAACCCCAUUGACUUGUUCAAGUGCAUCUCAACACUAGCUCUGCAUAAAAAGGGACGCUGCAGCUGAAAAAAUGAGGAAAAUUUUCACUCUGUACAUAGGUUAAAGUCCUAAUGGGAUUUGUACAUGGUCCUCCCACUGUUCUGGAAGAUUAAAUGCUACAUGUGUAAGUCUGCCUAAAUAGGUAGCUAAAACUUGUCAACAUGUCUGCCGCAGUUUGUCAAUAAAGUUUAGUCCUUUUUUAAUCAAAGUAAA